UGAAAAAAUACAGCUUGGUUAGUGGAGGAUAUACCGAAAAUUUGUGCUAGAAAUAUAAAGUUAACGAUUUUGCGUAAAACAUAUUAAAUAAUUUACAAAAAUGAGCGUUGAGGAAGAAGUAUUCAAAAUACAGAAGAAAAUGCAGAAGAUUACGUCGAAUGAUGGCACGGGACAAGAGCAAGCAUUGGAUUUGCUGAAGGCAUUGCAAACACUCAAUAUCAAUUUGGAUAUUUUAACCAAAACGCGCAUUGGUAUGACUGUAAAUGAGCUGCGUAAGAGUAGCAAAGAUGAGGAAGUGAUUGCAUUGGCUAAAACAUUAAUUAAAAAUUGGAAAAGAUUUCUUGCCGCGCCGGGUGGUUCAAGUGGCAGUAGCACCAAAGAGUCGUCUGCUAGCAAUAAUGUGUCUAAAUCAUCGUCAAGUAGCAAAUCGAAUUCUUCAUCAUCUAGUAAGGAUAAAGAGAAGAGUUCGUCAAGUUCAUCUAAAGAUAAAAAGCGUGACGACGAGAAAAAGUCCAAUUCGAGUUCAUCAUCAUCGGCAAAAGACGAACGUCGACCAGUGCAAUCAACGUUUCCUAGCACUGGCGGUUUAACCGAUGCUGUACGCCUAAAGUGCCGUGAAAUGCUCUGUAAUGCGCUUAAGGUUGGUGAAGUGCCGGAAGGUUGUCCAGAACCGGAAGAUAUGGCCACCGAAUUGGAGGAGGCAAUUUAUAUGGAAUUUAAAAAUACUGACAUGAAAUACAAAAAUCGUGUACGUUCGCGCGUAGCAAACUUGAAAGAUGCCAAGAAUCCCACCUUACGUAGUAAUUAUAUGUGCGGUGCCGUUACGGCACAACAAUUAGCGCGUAUGACGCCGGAAGAAAUGGCUAGUGAUGAAAUGAAGAAAUUACGCGAGAAAUUCGUUAAAGAAGCUAUUAAUGACGCUCAGUUGGCUACAGUACAGGGCACAAAGACCGAUCUGCUUAAAUGCGGUAAAUGUAAGAAACGUAACUGCACAUAUAAUCAAUUACAGACACGUUCCUCCGAUGAACCUAUGACAACAUUUGUCAUGUGCAACGAGUGUGGUAAUCGUUGGAAGUUCUGCUGAAG